AUGCCGACUCAAGUGCUCCAUAGCAAUAGCACCGUCAAAAACGUACUGCAGAUAAUGAACGCCGAACCGUCCUCGGCGCCCAACAACAAUUCUCAACAGCAUCUAAUGAAUGACGAGACGGCAGGUGGUCGUCCACCGAUCACCGGCAGACAGAAAAUCACGGUCGUUAUACUGUGCUUUGUCAACUUGAUAAACUACAUGGACCGGUACACAAUCGCAGGUAUUCUAGUCGAUAUUCAACGCCAAUUUAAAAUCGGAGACGACAAAGGUGGCCUAUUGCAAACCGCAUUCGUCAUAAGUUAUAUGAUAUGCGCUCCGGCCUUUGGCUAUCUAGGAGAUAGAUACAACAGAAAAUACAUAAUGGCUUUUGGCGUGUUUCUGUGGUCAUUAACUACAUUUGUCGGUUCUUAUAUGAACGAAUAUUAUUUAUUUUUGUUCUUCCGAAGUUUGGUGGGUGUCGGUGAAGCUAGUUAUUCGACUAUUGCGCCUACAAUUAUAAGUGAUAUGUUCGUUAAGGACGUGAGGUCGAAAAUGUUGGCUCUAUUUUAUUUUGCCAUACCCGUGGGAAGUGGUUUGGGCUAUAUUGUCGGCUCGGAAACUGCUAGGAUUCUCGGUUCUUGGCACUGGGGAUUGCGCGUCACGCCGCUGCUCGGCAUGUUGGCCGUCCUCUUGAUUUUGUUCGUUAUGGAAGAACCCGAACGAGGUCAGAGCGAAGGGUAUUCUCACUUGACCACAACGUCUUGGUCUGAGGACAUACAAUUAUUGUGUCGGAAUCGGAGUUUUAUGUUAUCCACUGCCGGAUUCACUUGCGUGGCUUUUGUCACAGGUUCUUUGGCCUGGUGGGGUCCCCAAAUUAUGUGGUCGGGACUUAAAAUGCAAAAAGGUUACGAAGACGUGACGAUAAACAGCGUAUCACUGAACUUUGGAAUAAUAGCUAUGGCUGCCGGUCUUAUCGGCGUGCCUUUAGGCUCAUACAUGGCUCAACGGCUGAAAGUGCACUAUCCUAAAGCAGACCCUUUGAUCUGCGCCGUUGGGCUUCUGAUAUCGGCUCCACUCCUGUUUCUGGGACUAGCGCUUGCAGACAAAUACAAUUAUCUCGUGCUGGUUUUGAUAUUCUUUGGUCAAGUAUCACUGAAUCUUAAUUGGUCGAUCGUAGCCGAUAUACUAUUAUAUGUCGUCAGUCCUACUAGACGAUCAACAGCUGAAGCAUUUCAAAUUUUGUUUUCACAUGCAUUUGGAGAUGCUGGUAGCCCAUACCUCAUUGGAGUGAUUUCAGAAAUUUUAAAAAAAUUCUUUGCAAAAGGGACCAUACCAGUACUCUUGGCUUCUAUGACAUUAGCCAGUAAUAAUUUACAAACCUCCAGUGGUGACAAACAAGAUAACAUUAACAACUUCCAUAGUCUUCAAUAUGCAUUGUUCAUUACAAGUUUUGUUGAAGUAUUAGGAGCAAUGUUUUUCUUCUUUACUGCUUCCUAUAUUGUCAAGGACAAGGAAUUAGCAGAAACAGAGACUCCAGAUAAUGGACCAGAUACUGUUCAAAACAGGUAUCCCGUGGACGAAACACGUUUGCACGGUCAUUCCAAUCCCCGUUUUGUAGCCUAA